GCGCUUAAACGCAGCACCAGAGAGCUGAGGACGCCAGCCAGGGCAGGACUGAGACAAAUAAUCCAAUCAUUAGUCCACUAACAGCGCUGAUGUCUUGGUUCCAGUCUCUGAGGGAUGACUUCACUCUGAGGCCGUUUGAGACUGAACAGACACACAGUGACAGUGCUGCCAUGGCAUCAGGACCCCCAGAUGUGAUGGAGCCUGCUGAGGUGGGGGAAGAGUGCUCAGGAAAGAAGAAGUCCAAGUUCCAGACGUUUAAAAAAUUCUUCGCCAGGAAGAAGAGAAAGGAACCAUCAUCCUCCGGAGCUGAUGCGGGUCUCAAAGCAAGCCAAUCAAGCGACAAUGUCAGCAAAACAUCAGAAAAUAACACACUCACUCGAUCGGAGAAGGAUAAGGGCUCUGGGUCAAAGAUCAGCCUGGGCAGCAAGGCCUUGUCACAUGACUCUGUCUUUGUUUCUGACUCAUCGGAGGCCAACGAGGCUCUGGGGGCGUCUCAGGACAGCAUUCAUGGGAAAGUGAAAUCACUUCAGCUCCAGCUGAAGCAGGCCAUCAGACUGGGGUCUCCUCCAUCCCUGAUGUGUGUGAAGAAGACAGAUGAUGCUGGAACCAUGUCAGAGGAUGAUGGUCUACCUUGCAGUCCACCUGAAUACACAACGCCUAACACAACGCUGAAUCAGGCUCAGAGGAACAGCUCCAUCAGUCUGGAGGGAACAGACAGUGAAGAAGACCAGCUGUCCUGUGCUGCCUCCAGCAGAGCAGUGAGCCCUCUGGUGGUGGUUCCAGGGGACUUCAGUCAGCCGGCCAGUCCCUUUGGCUGUCUGGACAACUCGGCCGCCAAACACAAGAUGGGCCUGAGACAGAAAGCCUGCAACAAGAGGAAACCUGCAAAUAGGCUGGAGCUCAAAGCAGAGAGAGACUCUGUGGUGAAGGAGAUUCUCAACACCUCCUUUCCAGACUCUUUGGAGGAGCGAGAGGAACAGAAGACAAGAGAUGCAAGUGGGGAUGAGCUGAAACUGAAGGUGGAGAAGGAAGAAGAAGAAGUAGAAAAACAAGAAGAGGAGGAGGAGAAAGAGCAACCACAGCAUUCCCGAGAAACCCUGUUGAGAGAUAAGGAGGAGAGGGAGGAGGGAGAGGAUGAGUCGGAAGCUGAACAGGAUGUUUCUCAUGGCCCGGACACUUCCUCUCCUCCAGAGCCGUGUCCCUCAGAGGAGGAAGCCGCAGACGCCCAGCUCUCCUCCAAGCUCGGCUCAAGAGCCUCCUCUCUGGACAGUCCCAGAGCCACGCCAGAGCCCCCUGCUGAUCAGAGAGAGUACCUGCAAGACCCUCCGGGUAUUACCUAUGAAACAGAGGAGACCAGGGAUGAUGAAAACCCAACACUGGAAAAAGGAGGAGAAGUCGUCCAGGAGACUGGGGAGGAGGGGGGCUCCUUCUUACAGGAGGUACUGAGCUCCUUGAAGACGCCCCUUGCACCUUGCUCAUUAGGCGCAGAGACCGAGGCUGUCCUGGAGAUCAAGGAGGAGAAGGACAAAGAAGAAGCGGAGGGAGAAGAAAGAGAAGAGGUGAAGGAAGAGGACACAGAGGUGGAAGAGCCUGUCGGUUAUCAAGCGGCUCCCUCUGGCUCACUCCUGUUGGGUCAGAGCACCGAGGAAGAGGAGGAGGAGGCUGCCACUACUUCCUGUCAAGAUGAUGAAGAAGAGAAUAAAGAUGAGGAAGAAUUGGAGGCAGAGGAAGAACAACAAGAAGUGGAACGGUUCAUUAAACACAGUCAGGAGGACAAAGGAGAAAAAGAGGAGGCUGAGGAAGUCAAACCUGAGGAAGAAAAUGACUUGCUUCAGAGAAAAAUGGACCAACAGGUGGAGGUAGAAGAAGAAGACCAGAGUGAGGGAGAGGAGGAAACAAUGGAGCUGGAGAAAGAGCCAGAGGUGGAGGAGGAGGGGGUGGAGGAAGAGAAGGAGAGAGUUGAAGAGGCAGAAGAAGAGGAGAGGGAUGACGCAGAAGAGAUGAUGGAGAUGUUUCCUGAUGCAGCAGGCGGAGAGGUUCACAGUGUUGCACCAUCGCAGGAGGCAGAUGAAGGUGCGGAUGUUGCUGUUGGAGAUGAUGCUGUCUGUGUCGUGCAACACACAGACGAUGAUGAAAUCCCUGCAGAGCUGGAUGAUCAGGAGUCUGCCACAGUGCAUGAGAGCCAAGCAGCUUCCAACCAAAACUCUGAAGAUGAGAGGAAUGAUGAAGAGAGAGCAGAGGAGGGCGUAGAGAUCGACCACAUGGAACAAAAAUCAGACCAAGAGGAAGAUGUGGAAGCAAACCAAGCUGAUGUCAAUGAAACUGAACCAGAUCUAGAGCAGGAAAGUGUAGAAGAACCAGACUCGAAGCAUGUGGAGAAAGAUCAAAGUGAAGUGAACCAGUCAGCCCCAGAACAAGUUUCCUCAAAGCCUUCUUCUUUGUCUCUUCAGGAGUCACAUUUUGAAACUCAGUCAGAGGAGAGUAUGACCAGCCCCAACACCGCUACCACCACCAUCCACAUAAACCUGGUCUCUCCCAGCUCAGAGAAAGCCGCGUUUUCCUUUCAGCAGUCCCCAACUGCUGCUGAUCCCGAAGUCGCUGAAUCACCUUCUCAUGCUGCAGCAGCAACAGAGCAAAUCACAGCAUCCGCAGAUGAAGAAUCAGCUAACAAAGUGGAAGACGAAGAAGAACAGUCUGAAGAAGACGCUACACCUCCUACAUCUGUGGAGGAAACGGUCAACCAGUCAUCUGGCGGUUCAGAUCAAAGCAAAGUCCGCUUUACCAUCAACUCCGCCUGGCAGAGAUCACUCUCUAUCGAAGAUGCUGAAGACAAUGUGGCCCCUACCUCCUCCCCAACCGCCUGCGUCUCCUCUUCAUCAUCUACCAUCGCAGGAGCUGGAGGUGUGGAUGUGGUGGCUACAGCCAAGAAAGACCCACAAGUGGAAACAGAGCCAGCGAGUUCGGCUAAGGUUGAAUUGGUGUUGAGCCCCGGUAGAGCGAGGAAUGCAGGAAGCACCACUGCCAAACCACAGAGCACUGCAUCACAGGCCCCCGUCAAACCUCCAGCCUCAGCUGCUGCAGCCACAGAAGAGAGCUCUGUGGUAGUGGAGGGAAACCCCGACAGCCCGUUUGGAGUUCGGCUGAGGAAGACAGUGGCUCUGCACCGCUUCAGCUCUGAGGAGGAAAACACAGAGCCUCCCGUCGAGCCACCAGCUCAGCCAACCAGCUGUAAAGUUGAGUCACCGCAGCCAGUCAGUGUUAAGCCCUCCAUAAGUCAGCCAAUCAGCAACAAGCCUGCCCUCCCUAAGAAACCAGAGGUACAUGGAGACAGUGGAGUGAAACCCAAACAUGUCUCAGACUCAGCUGCAGUUCGUGGUGUUUCUGGUGGAUCUGGUUCUCCCAGCUGGAUCUCUGUGGCCAAACAGAAACAGAAGAUCUAUAAAGAAAACUCGCUGGAGGAGAUUACUGUUAAGAAGGAGGAACAAGAGAGGAAGUCGUCGCUGCCAAUGUAUGUCAGCUCAGCUGCAAGUAGGGAGCAGAGCAACAAAACUCCUGAAUCCACCAGCAAAGUGAGUCCGCUGGAGAUCAGUAAACCUUCAGUGUCUGUAGAAAAGGAGACCAGGAGGGCUCUCUCACCUCCAACUCCAGUGCCACCCCAACCUCCAAAAUCCCAGUCUCUCCCCUGCCCUGUCGCUCCAAAACCUCAGCUUCCACCUGCCCCUGCAAAACACCCACCCCCACCUACCCCAGCCCAACGAUCCCUCUCCCCUCCUACUCCUGUUCCUGUUCCCCAAAAACCUCCGUCUUGCACAAGUCCAACAUCUCUCGCCAAAACUGCCACCUCAUCCAAGACACCACAGGCCCAGAGCACAACACUCACCUCCCCUCCUUUCUCAUCGAGAACCGCCUCGCCACAGUCUGGUUCAAGAGCUCCAGCGCUUUCGGGCCAGACACCGUCCACCCAGCGAGGCCUACCUCCCCCAGAUUCACCCCAGGAUGAGCCACCCUGGAUGGCUCUGGCCAAGAAGAAGGCCAAAGCCUGGAGUGAGAUGCCUCAGAUAGUCCAGUGAUGGGCGCAAAGUGUUGAGGAAGGUCUAGUACACUGGCCCAAGGUGGCUCAAAAAAGGCCCAAUGGGGUCAGAUCUGAAAAGAGGUUGGAGUGAUGCCCAAGUGGGCCAAAAGUCUGGAUGGACCAGAAUGCAUUUGCACACAAAGAGAUGUUGUUUUUGUUGUUUUCUUACUUCCUGGUUUCUAUUCUGGCUUCAGGCGUCAGAUUGGUGCAAACUCACCAAUCAAACAGCCAAAGUCAGGCCCAGUUUAACCCCCUCCUUCUUUAUGUCCUUAUGUUGAAAAGUUUGUCAUGUUUUCUAAUCAACAGAUCAGGACCCCAAAACUUAAUGUCUUACUUGAAGGUGGAUCCACACAUUUCUACAGUUUUAGUAUGAGGUGCCUGAAAAGGUUUAAGUAACACAUGUGAUAUCACUUAACAUUUCACACAGUAAAAGGAAGGAGACAUUAUUUUAUAAAGAUACUUUAUUCACAGUAAAUUGGUUAAGAAUGAGGAUACAGAUGCAAAGUAAAUCUUGGGGUUAGAGAUUCUUUGUUUUGUCUUAAGAAUGAGCGUUGUCUGUCAGUCAGUCUCAGUGUGUAUGUGUGUUUAUUUUAUGGCAGUGACGCACGCUCACAAUUUGAGGUAUGAGGAAAAUAUUGUCUCUCCAUGACUGGAGAGUAAAAUGGGACAACAUCCAAGUUAAGCUGAAGAGAAAUGUGCUGGAGUUUUGCUGAAAAUUUGCUGAUCCACUUUUCUUCAAAGUGCUGUCUGUGUAUCAAGUUCUUUAGACAAAUAUAUUUCUUGUUACAUGAUCCACAGACACUAAACUAAUGAUGUUUAAUGUGUUUGCGAGUGCUGAGUGUAUCGAGCAUCUUUCAGGUUGUCAAUGUAAAUUACAUUUUUAAUUUUCUCUUGAUAUUUUGAAUACAUAACAGAUUAUCUGCCAGCGUCCUACAGAAAUCUAUGAUCUCCAAACUAUCAUCACACCGACGUUAGUCUCUUUUUAAUAUUUUUUUUACUGCAUCAUCAUGUUGGCAGCCUGGUCCUGGUUGUUAUGAAACAUUUUCCAGUUACAACCAAACAUGUAAAGGAGACAGAAAUCAAUAUACAGCUACAGUAAUCAGUCAUUUGGAGAUUGGUUUGCUGCAGGAUGCAAAGCAUCACUAAAGGAAAAUGAGUUUCACAGUUGAAAGUUGUCUUUGUAUCAAUUAAAUCUUAUCUAUCUCACAGUAACUAUAUAUGUUUUAUGCAUUUGUUUUAUUUUGUAUUGCCUUUUGAGAAUUUGUCUUGUACAUAAAAUGUGCAGUAAAUAACAAAUGAAAUCA